AUGAGUGCUGAAGCUCGAAGUCGGCGUAGCGUAGAGCUGGCUUAUAGAACUCAUCUCAUGCACAUGCAAUGGGAUGGAGACCUCAUCGCAGCAGGCGAAGAACCACGAUACCUACCGAAAAUGAAGAAAAAGAUGGAGAAGUCAAGGGCCCUCGCUGCAAAAUCCCAACAGCGAAGCUCGAGACCGAAGAAAGUGGAGCCAGCUUUCUCAUUUGAUCCUCUAGUUCAGCCGCCUACAGAGGAGACGGCUUCAGACACAUCAGACAUGGAGGUUGAACAGUCGAGUCGCGUCCUACACUCUCGUGGUACCAAGUCCUCUUCCGUGAAACGCGAUACUGCCAAGAAGGUGAAGAAGACUGUUUCGGCGGCGUCGCUGUUUAAACGUCCAGGGAAAAAAGGGGAUCAUCUCGAGGUCACAUCUCCAGAGGAGCGGCAAAUUAUCGAUCGCUUUAUCCAAGCAGCGUCGGCAGCGAAGUCCACUUCUAGCGUACGUAGCCCACAAAAGGUGGAAGGCAGGGUAGCAAGGAAAAGAAAGAGGUCGGAUAUGCACCCACUGGCCGUGGCAUUCAAAGAUACAAGCGAUGAGUACCGCCGCCAUCUAUAUGAGACUACCUCACAGAAGAUCAAUAACACUCUUGAAUCUCUCCUUCACCGGUUGCACGAGAGCACCUUGCAGACGGUUGCUACACACGGUGGCCACGAUGAUCUCCAAGCCUCACCUUUGAGACUCACAGCCCCAGUAAAGUACGAACGCAUAGCAGCCAACCUCUUCCAGCCACUCUCUCAAUACAAACUCGGCCUCUUCGCGAGCAAUCGUCUGGGCGAGCGCGUACGUAUUGAAGCUACACUCGCGACCCGGAUGCAAGAUUACAAGUACCAUCUUGCACAACGCACAGAGGAAGUGGCGCGAUUACAGAAGCAAUGGGAGAUGAUUGUGGGAGAGAUCUGGAAGCUGGGAGUCACGUGUUUGGGACAGGAUGCAAUGGCAUCUUUGCUCUUGAGCAAGGCCAGCGAGCAAUCCGUAGGCGAGUUCCCAUCAGAUACCACGAAAGCAGAGUCUACGCUCUUCGUACCUGAGCAUGGCAGCCCAUCACCUGUUCAGGACGGUAGUCGCGGCAAGAAACACGUCACCUUCGAGACACCGCAUAUCCGUGAAGGGCUGACCGACGACCUAGCGUUUUUGUCUCAGCUGUCCCGAUACAAGAACGACACACUUCUGGCCGCACCGCCGCUGCCUGAGCAAGAUGUGCAAAAUAUGAAGAAGGAGAUCAAGAGGCUGGGCAAGAAGGAGAUGGAAAAGUUGCAGGACAUCGGCAAGGAGAAACAGCAGUUUUGGAAAAGGAAGGCAAAUCAGAUUAUGAAGUCGCUUGUGGAAGAGUGA